CUUCAGUGCGCUGUUUCGGCCUGUUUCGGCACUGGCCGGACAUUUUCGCCUCUUUGUUUUACUGAUAGUGGAUUUAACUCGGAUUCAACCCAAUAUCCAGCGGACCGCUCUGGCCAUAAACAGCUGUGUGAAGUGGAGCACAGGAUGCAGAGUUAACACCACCCUGUGUCUCGCAGAAGAAGCCCGGCUGCCAGACCCUCAGCAGUAGACACAUGGCGGCAUUAGGGAACCCCGAGAUGUUAACCAGGAAGAUUAAACUGUGGGACAUCAACGCCCACAUCACCUGUCGUCUGUGCGAGGGGUACCUGAUCGACGCCACCACGGUCACUGAGUGCUUACACACCUUCUGCAGGAGCUGUUUGGUGAAGUACCUAGAAGAAAACAACACGUGUCCCACAUGUCGGAUUGUCAUUCACCAGAGCCAUCCACUGCAGUACAUCGGCCAUGACCGAACAAUGCAAGAUAUUGUCUACAAGUUGGUGCCAGGACUACAAGAAGCGGAGAUGAAGAAACAGAGAGAAUUCUAUCAGAAGUUAGGCAUGGAGGUGCCUGGAGACAUCAAAGGAGAACUAUGUAACAUGAAAACCCACCUGGACUCACAGCGCAAUGGUGACCUGAAAUCAGAAGAUACAGCCAAUAAGGAAGCAGGAGAUGAGAAGGCAGAGGAGGACAAUGACUACCAUCGUAGUGAUGAGCAGGUGAGUAUCUGUCUGGAGUGUAACAGCAGUAAGCUCAGAGGACUCAAGCGGAAGUGGAUUCGUUGUUCGGCUCAGGCGACCGUUCUCCACCUCAAGAAGUUCAUCGCGAAGAAGCUAAACCUGACAUCUUUCAAUGAGCUGGACAUCUUAUGCAAUGAAGAAAUCUUGGGCAAGGACCAUACUUUGAAAUUUGUUGUGGUAACAAGAUGGAGAUUUAAGAAAUCCCCCCUCCUCCUUCAUUACAGACCCAAAAUGGAUCUGCUGUAGUUGGACAAAAACGCUUGGUUGUUUUGGCCCAGUGGCUGAGGACUGUGCUACGUGCUAUAUAUGCAGAGACCAUCAACGCCCACACCAAACAAACACCCGUCAACACAGAUACGAGCCAGCAAACAACAAAACCAGCACAGCCACUGCGACACUGGCGACUUACGGGAACAACCGCUUUUCUCUGUCUGUUCGUCCGCUAUAUGUCCUAGAUAUGUGAAAAAUUGAGAGAAAGCAUAUAUUUAUACUUUUGUAUAGAUGAGAGAAGUGGAACCAAGACCCUAUUGGUGCGCUGUUUACACUAUUAAAACAAAAAAAGACAAAAAAAAAAGGUCAUGAGAAAAGGUUUAACAGUUUUUUGUACCAUUGGACUUUGUUCCCACUUCAAUUAUGGGCUGGUGCUCGGUGUCUGCCGUCCUCCGUGGAAGUGUCCACUUUUACACUGCUAACCAGAAGAGAGGAGGCGUUUCGUACUGACCGCUCUCUCUCAGGUCUUACCCAACACUUCUCGGGAGCGCAGAGCCUUUCUAAGCUUAUAUAAAGCAGUUUAUAUGAGUGUAUUAUUUCAGAGCGGUUUCUUUCUUUACUUUUCGGCGUCGCUACGAGUGGAAUUGUGAAUAGGCAAAUUUAUGUGUAGUAUUUAUGUUCUAUUUACCAAUAUUGUAUAUAAAAGUUGUUGGUGGAGAGAAGGGAUGAAAGACGUAUUGAAAGUGUGUGUGAAAGACUAAAAGGCUAGAAAAAUAGAGACCGUUUAGAGUGGGUUUCCAAAAGUGCUAUUUUUUUGGCCCACGUUUAUGUGGCUACAUGGAAAAGACAUGAAUAUUCAGCUAAAUUCAAGUAGAUUCCAAACUGGGUGAAUCUCAUGAAAUAUUUUCACUCCAAAAUCAAAAGAAAAAAUGUGUAUUUUGCUUAAAGAAAACGAAGCUUGGUUUUGGGACCAUUAAGAUUUGUUUUUGCCAUUAUUUUAAUGACAAUUGCGCAAAUCCCCUAUCCAAAUUCAGACAUUAUCAUAACGCAUCUGUAUGUUUUUAUGAUUUUUAUUUUUUCUCAUUUUGAAACUGUGUGUUACAGUAAAAGCUUUGAAUUAUUAUUUAUUAUUAUACAGUAUGGUCUAUACAUCUGUGAUGUAUAAAUACAAUUUAAAUUAUACAAAUACAAAUUUUUAAUUAAAAAAAUUGUAUUUGCAUUGCGUUUUAGUGAAUAUUUAAUUAAGAAAAUAACCUAAAAAUCUUAAUGGUCAUUAAAAGCAUUCUACUUUUUCUUAAAUAUGAUUUAAUAAAUUAAUUAUAAAAAUAAUAAUAAUUAUUAUUAUUUUAUAAAAUAAUUUUAUAAAAAAAUAUAUAAAUAUUUAUCUUUUUUUCAUUAGAUUUUGGGGUAAAAUAUGACCCAAGCAAUUUGACAAGAGCUAUGAAAUUCACCCUAUCAGUACAUUAUUUUUUUUAGACAUUUUAUGAUGCAAAAAGCUUAUAUUUUAGUUCUCUUUAAUUAAGGAGGAUUUUUAUGUAUCUAAUUAAAUGCAUCAGUGAUUGAAAUCGAUUUCUGGAAAGGUGCUUUUAAUCAUUUGAUCCUCCCAAAUGUUAAUUUACAGCUCUAGAAUCAUUAAGGAUGCGUUCGAAUGAAUCCCUAAUAUGUUAAUAUCUCUAACUUGCUUUCAUAAACAGCCAACCCCUCAUGUACAUGUAUGUCCAGUCAUAUAAUCCCACAGCCUCAAUGUCAUAUAUGCAAUGCAUUACCUUUUAAUUGAGAAAAAAUAUGAAACAUUCAGUCCUUACAAUGACGUGAUGUCAGUUCUCCGCUCCUCCGCAGUACGAAUGUAACCCACAAGUAACCGUCCAUAUGUAUUGUACAGUUAUUUGUUUUAUCACUGUCUUUAGUGCCAAAGGCUUCAUGUUCCUUCACUCUAUUCCGGAUGGCAAGCUGCAUGAAUGGCAGAAUGCAAACAGCGUUUGGCAAAUUGAGAUUAGAGUUUUAUAUGUACGAUUUUUCAAGUUUAAUGAAAUUUGGCUGGUUGUUGAAAUUGAUUGUUUUUGUGAGCCCUCAAUUAUAGUCAUUUUAAUUUCCAUAGUUGAUGUUUGGAGGCAAAUUGCCCCCAACUGAUCAAACAUUUAAGGGCUCUAAUCAGAUUUCUAAGGUCUAAACCUUUCUCAAAGAGCUAAUUGACUUUUUAUAUCCCAACAUUGACUUUAAAAAUCUGUUUUUACUUUAAAACAAUGAGCAGACCUGCGUCAUUCACUAUAGCGGUCAACUUUUACACGGGUAAACGCCAAACCAGCUUGACCAAAUCUCUCUGGAUCUCAUCAUUACUGACGUUUUGUUCAUCCAGUACUGCAGUCUUGCAUAGAAACAAAGUUUCAUUUGGCCGCGAGUCUUUUUUCGCUCUCAUAAUGUGAAUUAUCUCAGUAUGCAUUCUGUAUUCAGCUUCACUGCAUAUUGCUUUAUUGCAUCACCAGUAUGCUGUUGUAAAGAGGAUGAUGUCUUGGUUUCAAUAUUGCGUUCUUGUAUGUAUCAGCCGUUUAACGCGAACAUUUAUAUGGCUAGCGUUCCAAACACAGACUGCAGGUUUAUUCCUGGUGAUGAAAAUGCAACAAAUGCAUGAUUUUACUGUUACUCACUAUAUUUUUUUUUGUGGGGUUGAAGAGGUCGUUGCCAUUUUUUGUGCUGGUGUUUGCUGGUGUUUCUCCCAUUUGAGCCAAUAACUGGUGCUAAUGUUUUGUACCGAAAUAAACUGAACUAAACAUGGUGCAGACCAGGAGCGAGUCUUAAAACACCUGUAUUCAUCAUACCUAGCUUUUUGACAUGUUUGGUGCUCUCAGGUCUUGUGAAACUUGUUUUCACAGCCUGUCUUAGAAAAGUUGGAUGUGGAUUCAUGAAUUUUCGUUUACUGCUGUCCUGAGUCUUAAAUGGCAAAAUAACACCGUCGUUGUCAUCUGCCGGCAUUUAGAGUAAACCCUGUCGUAUAUAAUUUCCACAGCAUUGCUCGAUCAUCCCAGGAUUUGAACAUAGCAACUUGUUCUGGAACUGUAUUGUUAAACCUCUAUCGCAAAUCUCAGUGUGGUUGUUCCAAUUUGAAGGCAAGUCGGAAGACAGGGUUUUUUUGCUCUCCCAGGGCCUCAUUGUGCAUGAGAGGUGUGUAGAUUCGCUAUACUGCGCAGUAUUGGGAUGGAUCGAUGGUUGGGCCGUGUUAUCAGGCUUGCAUUGAGACAUCAGCGCUACUUCACUUGACAGGCAGGCUGUAAGAAGCUUACUAGAGACCUGCUUUACUGCUUUAGAGGCUGUGGACUGUGUCCAGACUGAAGUUGCCAAGACUGGAGGCUGGUCUUCUUAUCAUUUCCGUUUGCUAGUUUUUUUGGCAGCGUGUGGCCCUGUGACAAUGGUGCUCCGUGACUGAUUUUGAAAUUCGAAACUGAGCUACAAAGCUGGAGAUGUAGAGAUGAUAUCAGAGGAUGAUCCGUAGGUGAAUCUCAGGAAAAUAUCUGUAACAUGUCUGUGUUGUAUUUCACCCAAUAUAUAUAAAAAAAGAAGUUAUAUUUUGCUGUUGUAUAACAGACAGCAUGAUGUUUUUAACAACACAUUUUCCUCCAACUGUCAUUAAUGUAAUGCAAAAAUAUCUCAUUACUGCAAUGUAAAAAAUACAGUAUACAGUUGAAGUCAAAAGUUUCCAUACACCUUGCAGAAUCUACUUAAUGAUAAUUUUACCAAACAAAGAGGGAUCAUACAAAAUGCAUGUUGUUUUUUAUUUAGUACUGACCUGAAUAAAUAUUUUACAUGAAAGAUGUUUACAUAUAGUCCAUAAGAAAAAAUAAUAGUUGAAUUUAUAAAUAUGACCUUGUUCAAAAGUUUACAUACACUUGAUUCUUAAUACUGUGUUGUUACCUGAAUGAUCAACAGCUGUUUUUUUUUUGCUGCCCGCUGUUCUUCAGAAAAAUCCUUCAGGUCCCACAAAUUUUGUGAUUUUUCAGCAUUUUUGUGUAUUUGAACCCUUUCCAACAAUGACUGUAUGAUUUUGAGAUCCAUCUUUUCACACUGAGGACAGCUGAGGGACUCAUAUGCAACUAUUACAGAAGGUUAAAAUGCUCACUGGUGCUUCAGAAGGAAACACGAUGCAUUAAGAGCUGGGGGUGAAAACUUUUGAACAAUGAGGAUGUGUACAUUUUGCUUUUUUGCCUUUUUUUUAUUUAGUACUGCUCUUCAAAAGCAACAGAAGAUACUUACAUGUUCCUCAAAUUAAAGUUAAAAUAAGUUAAAUUUACUGUGAUCUUCAAAUUCCAAAAGUUUUCACCCUCCGGCACUUAAUGCGUUGUUUUUCCUUCUGGCGCAUCAGUGAGUGUUUGAACCUUCAGUAAUUUUUGCAUAUGAGUCCCUCAGUU